AAAAUCAAACUACAUCGCCAUAUCUUUCGCACUGGGGAUAAAUACAGUCGAAAAAGAAAAAUCUUUGUUUUGAUUUUCCGCGGAGUUCGUCGCGCUGGUUCAGUUUUUCUCGGAUAAAUCGUGUAAACCUAAGUUUUCCUGCAUUCCCGUUCCGAAAAAAAUGUCCUCCAAGCCGCUGGAAAGCUGCUUCACCUGCCUGCGCCGAACCGACCACUUCCUGGAAAUCACCGGUCCCGACACGGUCAGCGGCGACAACGUUUCCGAGGUGUUUACCCAGCAUUUUUGGUUCACGGAAAAUGAGUACCACAACCAGAUUCUCUGCACCAGCUGCUGGGAGAAGAUUGACGAGUUUCACAAAUUUUACUGCGAAGUGGAACGGGUCAGACCGCGCGUUGCCCAGGUCAAGGAGGAAAAAGUUGACAUUGAGGAAGAUGAAUUCAGGGAAUCGCUGCUGGUGGGCGAGGACAUCUCCGAGGAAGGCUUAACAUCAACCAGAGUGUUCGUAGAUCCAAUUUGUAAAAUAGAAGAUAUCAAAGAUGAGUCGGGUCCGAGCAACCUAACGGAUAAACUGCCAAACGUAGUUCAGAGUGGACUGGACGAAGGUGAACAUGCUGUGGUUGAUGACCCUGAAGAUGAAGAAGCAUCUGAUCACGACGACGCUGGUGAGGAAUUCCUCCAAGAAUCCGAACCGUCUGAUUCCUCGUCGUCCAACGAGGAGUCUGAGUCGGAUUCUGAAUCGGAUUUGCCGCUGGCAAAACGAAUGGCUCGGAAAAGAGACGCCGGGAAAAAGUUGUUGACUAAAAUGGUGACAACGGUCAAAAGAAGGCGUCGGAGGGGUGGAACACGUCAGGAAAGAAAGGAGAAGAAGGACAACGACGAGUUGAAUCAGUUUAUUCGAGAGCACAUGGACAUCACGUGCCAUCGAUGUGCCGAGGAAGGCAAUGGAAAUGAGGAAACGUUUGAGUCAUUUUACAGGCUGAGGGUUCAUUUUAAAAAUGUUCACAAUACUUAUGGGUACGUUCAUUGUUGCAACAAAAAGUGGCCAACGAAGACGGGAUUGGCGGAACAUUUGAAGAAUCAUGAACCGAACAAGGAUGAUACCAGUCGGUGUGUGGAGUGCAAUUGUAUUUUCAAGGAUAAAAACAGCUAUGCCAAUCACAUGUUCCUGGUACAUACGCCGGAGAACGAGAAACAGUUCAAAUGUAACAGAUGUGUGAAGGCUUUCGCGGCUCAGGAACUGCUCAACAGUCACCUGACCUGGCACGAUAAUGUGGAAAAGAAGAAUCACUAUUGCGGUAUUUGUGACAAAUAUUUGGUCAGCGCCAGGAAUCUCGAAAAUCAUAAUCUCAAUCAUCACUCCUUUGGGGAAGGAGCGUCGGCACCAGACCAGGCUUCCACUUUGCCUUCGAAUGAGAUGGAACAAACGGUUCAAAGCGAGGCCCCUGCCAAGCCGAAACGAACGGCGGCCGAUCUGGAACGGGAAGACGAUCUGAUCAAGCAGUUUGUGUCUCUCAACUGCUCCAAGUGUGACUUCGUAGGAGAUACUUUCAACAAACUCUCGUACCACGCGUUCAAAGCACAUGGGAUGAAUUCUCACCCUUUAAUAUGUUGUGACAGGAAGUUCGGAAAAAGGCAACGUCUCUACGAACACGUGUUAAAACACCUGAACCCGGAUCACUUCAAGUGUGACAUCUGCGGCAAAACCUACUCGGACAGUUCCGGGUUGCAGAUCCACAAGUGGUGGAUGCAUACACCAGCCUCGGAACGACCCUUCAAAUGCGACAUUUGUGGAGCCUCCUUCAUGAAGGACUAUCUCCUCAAACAGCACACCAACUGGCACGUGAACAAAGUACGCAGAACCCAUUAUUGCGAAAUUUGCGACAAAGCCUAUUCCAACGCCAUCCAGCUGAAAGGUCAUCAACAAAAGAAGCACGGCGCCGUUUCCGACUGGGUUUGUGAUAUUUGCGCCCGAGGAUUCUCGCACCGAGCCGCCCUCGAAGAACACCGGCUGAAACACUCCGAGGAGGGGCUCCAAAGUCUGAAGAUGCAGUGCGAAAAAUGCCAAAAGUGGCUCAUCAACAAGAAGAGCUACCUCAGGCACCGGCGACGAUGCUACGACACCACCGGUCCGGUAACGUGCGACAUUUGCGGAAAGGUUUCCAUCAACGAGGUGGCCCUGAUGGGCCACAAGAACUUCCACCACUCGAACCGGGCCCUGUUCACCUGCUCGUUUUGCGGGAAGGUUUCCAAAACCCAGCUGCGUCAUAAAGAACACGAGGCGACGCACACCGGAGCGAUCCUGUACCAGUGCCCGUGGUGUCCGCGGACCUCCAAUUCCAGCUCCAACAUGUACAGCCACAAGAAGGUGGCCCAUCCGGAGCUGUGGGCCGAGCAGGUGGCGCAGAAAAAUAGCAGACGGGGCUUGAGCAAAUAGAGGUACAUAAAGGUAAGUAGGUCACUAAGUUCAUAGUUUAGAAUUAAGGAAUCGAUUCUUAUAGCAAUUUAAAUUUAUGUUGGUUUACAUUUGGAAAGUAUAUAUGUAAAGGUAUAUUUUAAAGCCUGGCUA